AUGGAGACGAGUUCAAAUAAGAAAGUCCAGCAAGUUGUUCUCAGUUCAUAUUCGUAAUGAGUAUUAAAACUAAACCAGGAAUUUAAUCUAAAUGAUUUACCCGAGUUUUUUCAAGGAAAAAAAUCGCUGAAGCUAAACAUUAUUAUAGUUUUUCAGAUUCAAAGUCAGUGAGCUUGCUGUUAGAGAAAGAAACCUAUUGCUGAGCGAGAAAUUUAAAACAAAGAUGAAAGAAGAAGAGAAGGCAAGUGGAAUUGAAUGUUAUUUGAGUAGGUUGGAAAAGGCUCUGGAAGAAAUAGCCGCAGCUGCAGCUGAAGACUCCGUAGAAAACGAUAAGAAGAAAACUGACAACGCAAAAGCAGCGGAAAUGAGAAACAGAGGCUGUAGAAAACCUGAGCGGAACACAGGAAAGGCAGCGGCUUUUUUCAUGCAUAUUAUUAAU